AUGGAGGACGAUCAGCCCGACAGUUUGGAAGGCUGGGUGCCCGUGCGCGAGGACCUUUUCGCCGAGCUCGAGCGACGCCAGCUGCGCUUUCUCGUCGCCUGGAACAACACGGAGGGCAAAUUCGCCGUGACGUGUCACGAUCGGACGGCGCAGCGACGGCGGCGGCACGAGUGGAGCCGGCCGGACUCCGAGCCGCAGGCCGAGGCUCCCGCGCCGCUGCCCAGCUGGACCGGCUUCCUGCGCGAGUUCCGGGAGCGGGCCCUGCGCGCGCGCUGCGCCGAGGCGGCCGGACGGCUGUGCCAGGUUCUUGAAGGACAUGAAGAAGCCAACACCAUGGUAGCAUUAAUGGAGAUUUAUCAAGAGGAAGAUGAAGCAUACCAGGAAUUAGUUACCACGGCGACCAUGUUCUACCAGUAUUUACUGCAGCCUUUCAGGAAUAUGCGAGAAGUUGCAACCUCAUGUAAGCUUGACAUUGUGAAGUCCUUGGAUGAAGAUGACCUGGGUCCUAAAAGGGUAGUUGCUUUGCAGAAGGAAGCCCAAGAAUGGACCAGACGGGCUGAAGAAGCUGUAGUCUCCAUUCAGGAUAUCACAGUGAAUUAUUUUAAGGAAACAGUAAAAGCAUUGACGGGAAUGCAGAAACAAAUGGAACAGGACGGAAAGCGAUUUGGCCAGGCUGCCUGGGCCGCAGCAACUCCCAGGUUAGAAAAACUCAAGCUCAUGUUAGCGCGAGAAACUCUUCAACUCCUGAGAGCGAAAGAGCUAUGUUUAAACCACAGGAAGGCUGAAAUGUGGAGAAAGAUGGAAGAUCUUUCUGAACAAGAAAAAAAUAUAAAUGCUGUAGAUGAAUUAGAAAUACAAUAUUAUGAAGUUCAAUUAGGACUAUAUGAAGUUAAGUUUGAGAUAUUAAAAUAUGAAGAGAUACUGCUUAUUACACAGUUGGAAUCUGUGAAGAGACUUAUAAAAGAGAAACAGGAUGAAGUCAUCUAUUAUGAUACAUGUGAAAGUCCAGAGGAACUUAAGGUGGUAGAUGAUGUGGUGGGGCUGUGGAACGAUAGGAACUUGGAGGUGAGAGAGCUCCGGAGGAGGUCCCAGCAGCUCGAGGCCAAGCGGGGCCGGAUCUGCGCCCGCAGAGCCUACCUCCGGAACAAAAAGGAUCAAUGCAAAGAAAAUCAUCAGCUCAGAUUGCAGCAGGCUGAGGAAAGUAUCAAGUAUUUUCAUCAGCAUCAUAGUAUUCAGAUGAAAAGAGACAAGAUUAAAGAAGAAGAGCAAAAGAAAAAAGAAUGGAUAAAUCAAGAACGCCAGAAAACACUUCAACGAUUAAAAGCAUUUAAAGAGAAAGGUCAGUCAAUACCAAAAACAUCUUGCUCAGAACCUGAGGCUCCAAACCUGCCAGAUGCCCUUUCUCCAAAAUCGUCUUUGCCAUCUUCUCAGACCAUGUCAGUGACGCAUCAGCCACCCAGGAAAGCCAGGACUCCUCUACCUAAAGUUAAUCAUGGGAAAAGCCCCGGGGGUCAAGACAACCUUGGAAACGUGCCUGUCCAGAUUUUUAUUCCAGUUGGCAACCACACACAGUCCAAAUCUAAAGAGGAGUUAUCACCACCAUCCCCACCACCCCCUCCACCUGCAUCCCCACUCCCACCUUCUCAGUCAGCACUUCAUCAGAAUCUGCACCUCAGGACUUCAGUGAAAGAUGACUAGCCACAUUCUCUGGUCUGUGAUUCACUUUGUGAGAGACCACCUGAGCUCUCUCUAAAUUUUAAAUGCCAAGGGUCUAUGGAUGACGUGCUGGGCAGGAGCCCUCUCAAGAAAGUGGAUGUGUUUGCCUCACCCUAGUCCUGCACCUCCAUCAACUAGCACAUCCUGGCCGCCACUCGACAGGGAGUCAAGCUGAAGAAAGUCCACCCAGACUGUGGCCCGAGCCCCAGCAACAAACCGCCCAGUGACCUUGAG